UUCAUCAUAAAAUUCAAAUUCAGGAGAAGCAAAAAUAUAAGAAAUUUUAAAAAAUAAGCCGCAAAGAGUCAAAAGCACAGCAAGAGAAGGGAAGAGGAGAGAGAGAGAAACUAUACAAAGCGUACACAUAACAUGACAUACACUCACAUGGUAGUUUUGAAGAGAGAGAUAGAAGAGGUACUUGCCAUCUGUUGUACCAGAAAGAGCACUAUUCGGGUUCUCCAAAGCCAAACCCACGCUUCUCUCUCUAUCUCUCUCUCUUUUCUAUAGUGCUUUGUUAACCUUGAUGAGGCUGAACAAAACCCGCCUUUUAGUUUUCUCUCUCACUUUUGAGCAAAGCCCAUUCAAUUUUUUCAGCUUUCGUACCCUAAAUUGUAUCUGAUUGCUGAGCUCUGAUCCUCUUCCAAUGUUUAUUAUAAUAUGCAUUGUCAUGGGUAUAUCAUUAAUGGAUGUGAUUACUUGUGAAUAUAUCUAGCACCCUAUGAAGUUGUUGCAUGUCAUUUUGGAGAUCUAGUUUCUAUUGUGAUAGGCUUAUCUUGUGUUUGAACUUUGAAGUUAUUUGCAUAGCAAAGGAUAGAGACUGUGGGACUCUAGUCAGUUUGUAGUAAUGCUCAGCUCAACAAUUGAGGAUUUGAGUAAUGAUGGCUUUGGGGGUUCACAACAUGAGAAAUGUAUUUUUGCAGAAGUUUUCUUUGGAAAAGAUACUGGGGGCACAAGUAAAAGGAGUCAGGUUAGCGGGUUGAUUAAUUUUGAGUGCGAAAACAGUAAGAUUGCUGACACAUCAUUAUGUUCUAACAGUGAAAACUCAGCCCUGACAAGCCAAUGUUCCUCCAAGAGUUCACUAGUGGAUGAUUCUGAAAUGAAUGAGAAUUCUGGAGGAGCUUCUGCAUCAUGUUGUUUUCAAGAAAGAUUAGAUAGGGAUGACCAGAAUAUGAGUAUCAAGCGGAUGAAGUUUUCAGUUGAUGGUCCAUCCGGCACUGAACCAGAUACAGUAAAAAUUCUCACUUCAACUGUGGUACCUAAAGAAAUUGUUGAUGGUGUGCCUGCUGUAAAUAGAGAUUUGGCUGGUCAAACAACAGUGUUAUAUAUAGUUGAAUCAUCCAGUCAGGAUGCUGUGUCUAGUUGCUAUCUGUCAAAGCAACAAAUUAAAUUGGACAGAGUUGGUGAUGUAUGCGAUAAGGAUGUCUUGAAGUGCAGAUUGCCAAAUGCUGAUGGAAAUGCUGGCAAGGAGGUGGUUAUUUGUAAAGCUGUUGCUUCACCUGUUUCCCAAGAGAGCUUUGCCACCAGGCUUUUUCAUGCAAAACCUUCUGCGGCAAUUAUAGAGAAGUCUGGCUCUCCUAUUCGUGCUGAGGAAAGAUUGAAGGAAUUGGAUUCACCAGGAUUGGGUGUAUCCAAUUACUUGAAGACUGAUUCUAAGAAGGAUCCUCGUCCUUUUCUCCAGAGCCAUAUUGUUCGCAUACUUUUGGCGGCGGGCUGGUUUAUUGGAAAGCGUAAGAGACCUAGUCGGAAAUACUCGGAGACUGUUUAUCGUUCUCCUAGUGGGAGAAUGUUUCGUGAGUUUCCUAAAGUUUGGAGGUUGUGUGGUCAAAUUUUAUAUGCAGAUGGAUACAAAUUGGCGCAGGAAGAAAAUUUUAAGGAAUGGACUAAUAUCACUCAGUUUUGGUCUGAUCUCUCAGAAGUAUUGUUGAAUAUUGAGAAAGAAAUAGAUCAAACUGAUGUUGGUAAUGCGUUGGCUCAUCAGUGGAGUCUUUUAGAUCCCUUUGUUAAUGUUGUGUUCAUUGAUAGGAAGGUUGGUUUGCUGAGAAAGGGAGAUACUGUUAAAGCUGGGAAAGGUGAUACUGUUAUGGCCUUGAUGAAUGAUGAUAGUGCACUACACCAGUAUGCCGGGGGAAAUGUGCACUCUUGGCAUAGUGAUUCUUCUCUUGCCACUCAAAAUGCAUCAACAAUUUGGGAAGGAAACCAGCAUGCCUGUAUUCAGCAAUCUGGGGACAUAAGUUUCUCAAAAUAUGGUGAACAGACAAAUGGAUUUGUGAAAGGUCAUGAAAAUCAAUCUAUUUAUGUAGUUGAGAGAGAAGAAACGUGUUCAGUUGAUGUUGCCAGUGGGAUGGGAAAUCAGUCUUUCAGAAUGUGCAAGGACAAAGUAAGCUGUCUGGAUAUGACUUCCUUGCCACCUUGUGGAUCAGAAAGCACUUGUGUCCAGUUGUCUGGUUGCCAAUGUGAUGCCUCUGUUACUGAUGGAAAUGCUAACGUGCUGGGGGGAUCUGAAUCUGCUUCCCCUCAUCAAGAUAGCAGUUUGGUUGAUGUCGAUGAUCGAAGUGGUCACUUGGAUUUUUCUAAUGGCCAAGAUGAACCAACUUAUACUCAAUCUGUAAAUUUGGAUGUUGCACAGAAAACUGAGCUCAGUUAUGAGGAUGGACAGUGCAUUCAAGCUUCAAGUUUUAAAACCAAGGAUAAAACUGUUGUUGUGAAAAGGAAGACGCGCAGGAAGUCAAGAAAGAUAUCUGAGAUCAGAACAACUUUAUACCAAAGCAACCAUAUUCAUACAGAUGGCAACCAAUUGGUUCCAAAAGAAGUGAAGGAAAACCUUGUUGCCAAUUCAGGAAUUAAAACAAGCUGCAAGAAGUUGUCACCUGUUGGUACUUGCCUACGUCAGGCUGAUGGAAAAGGAUCAAAAUUAAAGAAGAUGCAUCAUAAUCUUGAUGCUUGUAAAAGAGGACAAAAGAGGCCAACUAGAUGCCUACUUAAGGAUGAUGAUCUCUUGGUGUCUGCCAUUAUUAAAAACAAAGAUUUCAGCUCAGGUGCUACCAAAUCUACUUAUAAAAGGAAGGCCUUCAAAUCAAGAGCUCAGAUAAAGCUCAAGAAUCAGAAAGGUGGCUGCAGUUUACUCCCUAGAAAUCUAAGCAAAGUGGGGAAGCAAUACAAUGAUGGCAAGUGGUCAAUAGGGGGAACUAGAACAGUGUUGUCAUGGUUGGUCCAUAAUAGGGUUAUAUUUGUCAAUGAUGUGAUUCAGUAUCGGAACCCCAAGGAUGAUGCUGUAAUUAAAGAUGGUCUGGUUACAAAGGAUGGCAUCAUCUGUAAGUGCUGCAAUACAGUGCUUUCGGUUUCUCAAUUUAAGAAACAUGCUGGCUUCCAGCUGAGUCGUCCAUGUUUAAAUCUUUUCAUGGAAUCUGGUAAGCCUUUUACUCUAUGUCAGCUGCAAGCAUGGUCAGCUGAAUACAAGACUAGGAAAAAGAGAACUCAAGUGGUGCGAGCUGAUGAUGAUGAUCAAAAUGAUGAUUCAUGUGGCCUAUGUGGUGAUGGUGGUGAGUUGAUAUGCUGUGAUAACUGUCCAUCUACCUUUCAUCAGGCCUGCUUGUCUACAGAGGAGCUCCCUGAAGGCAGCUGGUAUUGCCCAAACUGCACCUGUUGGAUAUGUGGGGAUUUGGUUAAUGAUAAAGAGGAUUCUAAUUCUUUUGGCGUAUUGAAAUGUUCACAGUGCGAGCACAAAUAUCAUGAAACAUGCUGGAAAAGGAAAAAUAUAUAUGAACAAGUGGCUUCUGAUACUUGGCUUUGUGGUGAAAGUUGCCGAGAGGUUUACUCAGGUCUUCAUUCUCACGUAGGAAUCAGUAAUCCUAUUGCAGAUGGCUUUUGUUGGACACUUCUUAGAUGCAUUCAUGAAGACCAAAAGGUUCAUUCUGCUCAACGAUUCGCCCUAAAGGCAGAAUGGAACUCAAAGUUAGCUGUUGCUCUUACUAUUAUGGAGGAAUGCUUUCAAUCUAUGGUAGACCCAAGAACAGGCAUAGACAUGAUACCUCAUGUUUUAUACAAUUGGGGGUCUGAAUUUGCUCGUCUAAAUUUUCAUGGCUUCUAUACUGUGGUCUUGGAGAAAGAUGAUAUACUUUUGUCUGUAGCAUGCAUCAGGGUACAUGGAGCAACUGUAGCUGAGAUGCCUCUUAUUGCCACUUGUAGUAAUUACCGUCGUCAUGGAAUGUGUCGACGCCUUAUGAAUGCUAUUGAGGAGAUGCUGAUAUCUUUCAAGGUGGAAAAGCUUGUUAUAUCUGCCAUUCCAGAUUUGGUGGAGACAUGGACAGAGGGUUUUGGCUUCACACCUGUGAGUAAUGAUGAAAAGCAAAGUCUGAACAAGACAAACUUGAUGGUGUUCCCAGGAACAAUAUUGCUAAAAAAACAAUUGCAUAGAACAAACAAGGCAGAUACACAAUCGGAAUUUGUUACUUGUCUUGUGGGUGAGCAUGGCAUUGAUGAGUCCUUAGAGCAAUUUGAUAGAAACCGCUUUGUCCAUGAAGAUACUGUCAAAAUGGAUGCCAAACUGGCUGAGAUCCAGAAUUUGCAAGAAUCAGUAUUUAGUGGUGGAAGGGAAACUGCUGAUGCUGUUAAAGGACCAGGGCAUGCAUCACCCUCGGUGAGAAAUGAACCGACUAAAUUAGGUGUUUAUUCUGAUGAAGAGCCUCCUGUCGAGUCUAUUGAGCCUUCUGACGGAAAUUAUUACUCAAAUGAAGAUGCUGCUAAAUUGGAGGAAGAGAAAUUGAUAGUAGUGGAAAGCCAAGAUAGUAAUUUGCAGGAACAAUUUUCAAAGCUAUCCUGCGAAGUAGGAAGAAACCAGGCUGAAUUGGCUUGUAAUGUUCAAUCUGUAAAUGAUGAGCCUUCUUUGGACGGAAAGCUACAUCAGGUUUUUGAGAUAAAUGGGAAGAAAUAAAUUUGUAAAUUUUGAAA